AUCAUCAUGCCCCAUGAGGAGAAAAAGGAAAGGAAAAAAUACUUGUUUUCUGAUACCUGGUUGCUGUAGAAAAACGGAAAGAUGAAGUUUAUGGACCUUUUUGGCCGCCUAAAAUCCGUGGUUAUUGGAAUGAUUCAUGUUAAAGCCUUGCCAGGCACCCCCCUGGGUUGUAUGAAAAUGUCCCACAUCAUUAAAGAAGCAUGCAGGGAGGCAUCAAUCUACCGUGAUGAAGGGAUUGAUGGUCUGAUCAUUGAGAACAUGCAUGAUGUCCCCUACUCUUCCUCAGUGGGCCCUGAGGUGUGUGCCUGUAUGACUGUAGUAUGUGCGGCUGUGAGAGGCAUCUGUCCGUUCCUGCCACUCGGAGUGCAAAUACUGUCUUCUGCUAACCAGCAGGCAUUGGCCGUAGCUCUGGCCUCAGGUCUGGAUUUCAUCAGGGCUGAAGGUUUUGUCUUUUCUCACGUGGCUGAUGAGGGCCUUCUGAAUGCCUGCGCUGGAGACUUACUAAGAUAUCGCAAGCAGAUUGGAGCUGACCGUGUUCAGAUCUUCACUGACAUCAAAAAGAAGCACAGCUCCCAUGCCCUGACAUCUGACAUGAGCAUCGAAGAGACGGCCCGUGCUGCAGAGUUCUUCCUUUCAGAUGGACUCAUCAUCACAGGAGCAUCCACCGGUGUUCAGGCUGACCCCCGGGAGCUCAGAGAGGUUUCCCAGUCUGUGAAAAUCCCAGUGCUGAUAGGUUCUGGCGUGACCUAUGACAACGCUGAACGCUACCUAGAUGCAAAUGGAAUGAUCAUCGGUUCUCAUUUCAAGGAGGGGGGCCACUGGGCCAAUGCACUUGACCCAGAGCGAGUGAAGAGGUUCAUGGGAAAGAUACAUAACCUUCGGAAAUGAAAUAUGCCACUGCCGUGUUUAUUUAAGUUGUCAGCGCAUCUGCAAACCUUGAAACCUUAUAAAGUAUUCACCUCUUUCAAAACAGAUACUAAGCUGUUAAAUUUAAUUUCCUGAAUUCCUGAACAUUUCAUCUCUCCUGUCACAGACAGUAAUAUGAUAUUAGUUAUGAACACUCACUGACUUAUAAUGUGCAAGUGCAGAUUUGAAGAAAGACUUAAAUACUGUUUUUUUUUUAUUGGCUAAUCCCUCCAUCCAUUUUUUGCCACUUAUCUGUGUCCAGGUUACAUUAAUCGAUUCAGUAUAUUACUAGGAAUUAUUAGUAUAAUAUAGAGCUGGAAUGCACUGAAGAAAAUGUGGUGUAACCAUCAGAUACAUUAAUAUACAGGGUUUAAAUGUCCUGUGUGCAUCUUAUAUUUUAUUUGGUCAAACCUGCAGCAACUCUUAUUGAACAAUUAAUUACUCUUAGUACUGCUGCUUCAAACAUAUACAGCCACAACCUUAAGAGAACAAGAAUUAUUUGUAGAUUUUUUUUGUACAUUUUAUAAAUACACACAAAUAAAAAAACAGAAUAUUCAACAGUAUUUAUACUUUAAUCUAAAAUGAACAAUUUGUGAACAUGAAAAACGUGAGUACCUGCUGAAACAUACAAAAUAGUAUACUCAAUACGAAAUAUGAACAGUGGUUUUGUAAUUACUCGAUAAGCUGUUAGGUUCACACAGCAUGAAUACUGUACAGGUCAACACGGGAUGAAAGUAGCCUUUAAUAUGCUUGUCACAAAAAUGGCUAAAGCUAAGGCACAUAAUAUAAUACUGACUACAACCAAGGAACAGCCAGACAAUAUGUGCCAUAAUCCAGCUGCAUUAGAAUUUAGAGCAUUUUUUUCCUAUCUGGCACAGUCACACACUGUAACAGUAGCCUUUAGAACAUCUUUUACACGCCUCCAAUUUACUAUAGGCCAUAUCUCUACUUAUACCUAAUCAAUCUAAACAAGUCAACUGUUCUUAUUUGAUAAUGCACAAAGACUUGUAUUUGAAAGUAACCAUGUUUCUUACUAAUGCAUUUCAACCUGAGGGACUGACUGUGUCAUUCAAGAUAACUUUGUUCUCGGUGCUUUCUGGCUUUCUGCAAGUUGCCUACAUUAAAAUCCAAAUAAAAACCUUCUGCCGCUGCAGUGCAUUUAGCUGCUGUUCAAUAAACGUACUGCACAGGAAGUGCUUUGCCUUGGUGGAAAUGCAGAAUAAACUAACUGCCUGAGGUGAAACUGUGAUGGAAAAUCAGUCAUUCAGUCAGUGUGCCGAGACAUACCCG